UUUGACGAAUACACAGUUUUAGUUGCUAAGCUAUCCCAACCUUGAAUAAUGCAGUCCAGCGUUGUCUACAGUCUGACAAUAUGUGCUAUUCUACUCACAGCGAUUUUAAUAACCAUCAUCGUCGUGCUGGUGCCUGAAUCGGAUACACUUGCGGCUCCUCCGUCAUGCUCUGCUUAUCCUUGCGACGCGACGUGUGACAUGAAGGUAUCGCCAUGCAAUGGUCUCGUAUUUGAAGAAAACUUUGAUACAUUCGACUUGCAAAGAUGGCAACACGAAAUCACAAUGUCUGGAGGAGGAAACUGGGAAUUUCAAUAUUACACCAACAAUAGGACAAACAGUUACGUCCGUGACAACACGCUCUUCAUCAAACCGACACUGACCGCAGAUCACUACGGAGAAUCGUUUUUGUCGUCUGGCGUUCUUGAUCUAUGGGGAGGAAGUCCUGCCGAUUUCUGCACUGGAAAUGCAUUUUGGGGUUGUCAACGUACCGGAACUCCAAAUAACUACAUCAACCCUGUACAAUCUGCCAGAAUACGUUCUGUGAAUUCAUUUGCGAUCCAAUACGGACGAAUUGAAGUUGUGGCUAAGAUGCCUAGUGGGGACUGGUUGUGGCCUGCGAUAUGGAUGUUACCCAGAGACAAUAGGUACGGAGGAUGGCCAGCAUCUGGAGAGAUAGACAUUAUAGAAUCAAGAGGAAAUAUAAAUCUCACAGAUGCUGAAGGCGUUUCUAAAGGUCGUGACAAUAUGGGUAUGACUCUACAUUGGGGACCUUACUUUCCACUGAACGGAUAUCCAAAGACAACAAUCGAAAGUCAUCCGGCUUCGGGAACGUACGCAUCGGCCUUUCACACAUGGGUUGUUGAUUGGACAGCAGAAUAUAUAGAUUUGUUUGUGGAUGGUAAAUUGCUGCGAAGAGUUGAUCCGGGACCUGGAGGAUUUUUCGAUUAUGGUGAAUUUGAAAAAGAAGCACCGGGUAUCGAUAAUCCAUGGGCGAAUUCUAACAACAAAAUGACACCAUUUGAUCAAGAAUUCUAUAUUCUCAUAAAUGUGGCUGUCGGCGGCACCAAUGGAUUUUUCCCAGAUUCUUGGAUAAAUGCACCUCGCGAAAAGCCAUGGAAAAAUGAUUCACCAACGGCAAUGAAAGAUUUUUGGUUGAAAAAAGACGAAUGGUAUCCAUCAUGGCAGCCAGACGUUGACAAUGGUGAGAACGCUGCUAUGCAAGUCAGAAGUAUUAAAGUUUGGGCUAAAUAAAUAUGAAGUCGCUCCACCAGAUAAUUCAUUUGUAAGUAAUAAUUGAUGUAAAUGUCAACAACAACACACUAGUCGGGGAUCGAAGACUACGCUGUUCCGGACGUCUCAACUUCAUUUCACUGUAAUCUUGGAAAUCAACAAAUGUUGUUGUAAAUUACCGCAGAAACUUUUUUCCGAUUAUACAUAUUUACAAAUGUAUAUAAAUGGUAAUAAAUUAUAAGUAA